CUAGUAUGAGUCAGAAAGUGAGUCAACUCAGCGGAAUAAACAUGCAAGCAGAUCGUGUGGUCCAGUUCGUGAUAGAGGAAAGAAGGAAGUAUACAGUUCCUGCGAUGAUGAAAUGAGUAGUAUAGUAUAGUAUAGUAUAAGAGAGAACCCAAACCCACACAAGUCAACGAUGACCUCAAGAAUAAAUCACCACAUCCACACAGCAAAUAUAUGUCAUGGACACCAAUCCAUCCCCAUCAAGUGGAAACAACAAAGCAAAGCAAAGUAAAAGCAAGUUCCCGUCGAUGCAUGAGCCAGCAGCAGCAGUAGCAGCAGUGGUGCUGCACAGCACCCAAACCACGGAACAGGAACAGGAACAUCACCAACUACCAUCCGCAAAAUCCACCACCACAACCACCACCAUCACCCUCAACCACCACCCCGACAAUUCGUCAUCCACAUCCACAUCCACAUCCUCAAUGUCCCCGCCACCUCCCCUCAAAACCCCCCGGCGCUUCCUCUUCAUCGCCUCAAUCGGCAACCCACGCCCAUACCGCACGACGCGGCACAGCGCCGGCCACAUCCUCCUCGAAGCCCUCACACCACUCCUCCCACGCCGACUUCCUCUCGUGGGCGCCUCCCCCAACAAUGGCAACAUAGUCAAUCCGCUAUUCUACAAAACCUACACCAGCCCCACCUACAUGAACGAAUCGGGUCCCAAACUCCUCCGCAACUUUCAAUCGUGGCUCUCAUCCACCCAAACAGAAAUAUACCAGAAGAUCGUGCAGCCGGGGAAUGUACUCUCCACAAACACAACGCCCCAUGACGCUGCAUCAGACGCUGUAGCAGAAUGGCACCUCCGCGGCACCGACCCCACAACCCUCCGAAACUUCUCCCCGACACUAGUCAUCCUUCAUGACGAAUUGGAGGCGCCGUUGGGGAAAGUUCGGGUGAAGAGGGGCGGGCCGGAGAAGGCGAGCCUGAGGGGACAUCGGGGGUUGAUUAGUUCGUUUGAGAGUUUGAGGGGGAAGGGGCUGUAUCCUCCGAAUCCGAAGAAGAAUGUCGUUGGAGCGGGGGUGGAUUUGUCGGUGUUGAGGAUUGGGGUGGGGAUUGGGAGGCCCGAGACGAGGGAUCGAGGGGGUGUUGCUAAGUAUGUUCUGGAGGAGAUGAGUGAUCGGGAGUUGAAGGCUGUGAAGGCUGCCGCGGGGCCGGUUUUGGAGGUGUUGAUGGAUGAGUUGUAUAGGGAUGGUGCGGAGUGAUUAUUUGGGGUGCCUAUGAAAUGGGUUGUAUGAUAUUGUUAUUGCUGUGUAAUUAUAGAUAGAUUAGAUAGAGGUGGUUUAGAGAUACCCUUAUAUUAUUAGACUUUGGCUUUUCCUGCAUCUCCUACGUUCUGGUGUACGGAUGUAUGGGUUUAAUUCAAGAACAACUCCAAAAGAAAUAGUGUUAACAAUAAUACCAAGGCUUGGAUGCAGAAUGAUUAAAGCGGCUAUCAUCGCACGCAGUUUAAUGAACAGACAAAAGCAAAGAAACGAACCCCACUCCAAUAGUAUCACAAAUGAACAACCAUUAGACCGUGCCUGCUAUGCUCAAAUCCCGAAUCUCCUGCAACACUUCUUCCACCCGGUUGUCCAGGUCUCCCCGGGCAU